UUGGGAGGUUGGGACGCUCUUGCUGUCCCAGAGUGGAGUAGACGGUCUGGGAGUGUUUCGAGGAGAAGGGGAGGACAGACGGGAGGCGUGUUCCCCUGGAGUUUUCUUUUUCUGCGAGCCUUCGCGCGCGCGCGUACAGUCAUCCCUUUGGUCUGGCGAUUGCAGGCAGGAGGUGGAGAGGCUCCGUCCCACCCGGUGGCCAGAGGCUGCAGGCUCGGGAAGACCUCCCGGGAGAAGCCGUGCCCAGGAAGCUUUCUGAAGCGGAGGCAGCUGCGCCUCCCGGGCCGCCGCGGCGCGGGAGCUGGGCGACGUCCACCACCCACCCUCGCCGGCUCCGCUUCCUCCCGCCCGGGUGCGCGCAGCUGUCUGAGCCCGCCAAGCUCCACGGUGAAAAAAAAAAAAAAAAAGUGAGGGUAUAAAGGCAACACAAUAAGAGACACUUCCUCAAAUUUGCAUCGCGAUGGAAACCUUUUGCCUCAAGGUGGCGUUUUGGGUAGCGCUGGUUGGAUGUGUAAUCAGUGAUCAUCCUGAGAGCUACAACACAAACGUAAGCACUCCAGUGGAUGACUUCACCGUUUUUCAUGGGACGGAACUCAACUUCCUGGUUACCACUCAUCGACCCACUAAUUUAGCCCUACCUAGCAAUGGUUCAAUGCACAAGUAUUGCCCGCAGCAGACUAAGAUUACUUCAGCUUUCAAAUACAUUAACACUGUGAUAUCUUGUACUAUUUUCAUCGUGGGAAUGGUGGGGAAUGCAACUCUGCUCAGGAUCAUUUACCAGAACAAGUGUAUGAGGAAUGGCCCCAACGCGCUGAUAGCCAGCCUUGCCCUUGGAGACCUUAUCUAUGUGGUCAUUGAUCUCCCUAUCAAUGUGUUUAAGCUUCUGGCCGGACGCUGGCCUUUUGAUCACAAUGACUUUGGCGUAUUUCUUUGCAAGCUGUUCCCCUUUUUGCAAAAGUCCUCGGUGGGGAUCACCGUCCUCAAUCUCUGCGCUCUCAGUGUUGACAGGUACAGAGCAGUUGCCUCCUGGAGUCGAGUCCAGGGAAUUGGGAUUCCCUUGAUCACUGCCAUUGAGAUAGUCUCCAUCUGGAUCCUUUCUUUUAUCCUGGCCAUCCCUGAAGCUAUUGGCUUCGUCAUGGUGCCCUUUGAGUACAAGGGUGAACAGCACAAAACCUGUAUGCUCAAUGCCACGUCAAAAUUCAUGGAGGUAUGGAGAGUAUAAAGGAAAUUAACUGGGGGGAAGGGGAGGUCUUCAUUUAUACUUUACCAUCACCAAGACUUGAUGGUAGUCUCUACAAUGUAGUCUCUACAAUGCCCAGCGUGGUUUACUCCGUCAGUUCACUCAUAUACUUUUCAGUUGCAUGAAAAGUACAUGUUACAGGAGGGUUUCGCUUCUUGAACAGAAUAACUAUUUUGUUUUCACUCUUAUAGCACAAUUGUAGACACGACUGUUGUUCUGCACCAAACAACUCAGAAUCUGAAACAAACUUACUCAGUGUUCAAUUCAGUAGCACAUAUACUGAAGCAAACUGAGAAAAAAAGACAGAUGUGCUAUUUGUUUUUAUAAUAAGUAAUACAGCACAACAAUUUCCAUCUGACAGGCAUGCUGAUAGGUAUUUUAUGUUACUUGGGCAAAUGCACAUUGCUCACAUUUUUUAAAAGAUAGAUUUAUUAACUUAAAGUAGGAAGCCAUACUUGCCUGUACUUAUAUUUGUACAAAUUCUGCAUGUAAAAUACAAAUAAUAUAAAUUUGCAGAACUUCUUAAAAAGUGUUUUAGUUUGGGGCGCCUGGGUGGCUCAACUGGUUAAGCGACUG